UGUCUCGGACAAGUGGCCGUUAGGAGUUGAGGGAGAGGAGGGCAGAAGCAUUGUGUGGCGACAUCUCCCAGAGCAGUUCAACUUCUCACCAGCAAAGACCAUGUGAAGGCAAAUUUGCUGAAUUGAGCAUGGCCAGAGUUCUCUAAUCUAGCUCUCUAAUCCUUGUCUUCUCUUUGUCCCGAACAGAUACCUUCAAGAGGAAGAUGCAUCUGAAAAUACCUCUGAUGCUGGGUACUCUCUUCUUCGUGAUUCUUCUGCUCCCUGAGAAAGGUGGGACUCCCAGAGAUAAUCUCCAGAUGAUUGUGUUCUCUGACAAAUCCAAGGAGCUGGACCAAUCUGACAACCAGAUCUAUUCUACUGCCAACUAUUCCCCGAUUCUCAACAUCACAUGGCCGCGCGAGAGGGAGCCAGUGGUCGAAGGUGUGUUGGAGUCCAACCUCCUGCCUUGGUUUCACCAUCCUUUCUGCAAGUUUUAUGAACUCGUCAUCGGCUCCUCCAUCAAUGACUCUUUCAACAGUAAAGUGGACCACUUGGGGCUGAAGAAGACUCUCCUCGUGCACUGGGAGUCCAGUGCACUUAUCCAAAUAUUGGAAGCCACAGAAAUCCUGGUCUAUGCCCUAGGGGUGAUCAUGCUGCUUUGGAACUUCAUUCUGAUCAUCAUGUUUUUUAAAAGAAGCAUGUUCUCAACCAGAGUUCCUAUGCCUUGAUGGAGCCCCCUGGGACUUGGAGAACUAAUGCCGUGAGGAACUCUGAGUUCUCGUUGAAUUGGCAAUAAAUCUGGGCAGGUCUACCA